GCUGCGGAACCAAGUUAUGUCCACUGCUGCUUUAAUAAGCCUGGUCAGAAACAGAGGGACCCAAGUGAGGAGAGCGCUGCUGACGUCCCGCCUCCUGCAAGACGACAGCCGACUGGCGGCCGUGUGCCAGAGCUCCACUACUGACCGCAGGGCAUCCCGCUUUGACCUGGAUGGUAGCGGCCGCCCUGCCACCUGGGACUCGUUCGGUAUUUGGGAUAACCGCAUCGACGAGCCCAUCCUCCUCCCACAAAGCAUCAAGUACGGGAAGCCGAUCCCCAAGGUCAGCCUGUCGAAUGUGGGCUGUGCCAGCCAAAUUGGGAAGCGUAAAGAAAAUGAAGACCGCUUUGAUUAUGCCCAGCUGACCGAUGAGGUCCUGUAUUUUGCUGUUUAUGAUGGGCAUGGAGGAGUGGCAGUAGCAGACUUCUGCAACAAGUACAUGCAAAAGUAUAUCAGAGAAUUCCUUGCUGAGGAGCCGAACAUGGAAAUAGUGUUGUUCAAAGCUUUUGUCGAAAUAGAAAAAGCAUAUGAAAGGCACGCUCACUUAUCUGCUGACGCUACCUUGCUGAGUGCCGGGACCACGGCAACCGUGGCUCUGCUGAGGGACGGGAUAGAGCUGGUCGUGGCCAGCGUCGGAGACAGCCGCGCCCUUCUGUGUCGCAAGGGGAAAGCUCUGAAGCUGACCAUCGAUCACACUCCCGAAAGGAAGGAUGAGAAAAAAAGAAUCAAGGAAGCUGGUGGCUUUGUCUCCUGGAACAGCUUAGGACAGCCUCAUGUGAAUGGCAGACUUGCCAUGACGCGAAGCAUUGGUGACUUGGAUCUUAAGAACUGUGGUGUGAUAGCAGAACCAGAAACUAAAAGGAUUCAGCUCCACCAUGCAAACGACAGCUUCUUGGUCCUCACCACAGAUGGCAUCAACUUCAUGGUGAACAGCCAAGAGAUCUGCGACUUUGUCAACCAGUGUCACGAUCCCACUGAAGCAGCUCACGUGGUUACUGAGCAGGCCAUACAAUAUGGGACGGAAGAUAACAGCACCGCCAUUGUUGUGCCCUUUGGAGCCUGGGGAAAAUACAAAAACUCGGAGAUCAGCUUCUCAUUCAGCCGGAGCUUCGCCUCGAGUGGGAGAUGGGCGUGA